AGAUACGACCAUAAGUUCAGGAAAGCAAGAGCAACCGAUCCGUGCAAGUGGUCAUAUUUAGACCAACAAUUGCGGGACAUGUGCGCGACAAUGCCAAAAAAGGAAAUUGGAAAAUUUGACAAGAGGCCUAAUAAUGUGGGGAAAAACCCAAAAAAUGACUUCCCCAAUACGCCAAAUAAGGCAUAUUCAGAAUCUGAUGAAAUAAAACCCUAUAUCCCAUUCGGGUAUUGCUUCAAAUUCCAUAAAGGGGAGGACUGUAAACCUAAUUGCACAUUGUCGCACAAAUGCCCCGCAGUUGCCCAUAGCAAUAUUUCUCAUGCAGCAAAUUCAUGCUCAGAAGCCAAAAAAACGGCCCUGUCGGGGUUCGUGACGAAAGUGAUUACGACAAUUCGCUCGACAAAGGGCGCGAAAUAAGCGACCACCCAUCAUUUUCUUCAGACCAGAACACAAAUCGAGUUUUCCUAAAAGCCCCAACAAAAAUUGGUAAAGGUUUAGGUUACAGAGAGAAGCA